AUGAGGUCAACAGCAGCAGCAACAAUGUCAGCAUGGUGGCUCUUGGUUGUUCUAUGUGCAACUACUACAUUCGCAUUCCCUUGGAGCUCAUCGUCCAACACUCAACAAGACGGCAAUGUCCCACAAGCACCAUCCGCCAAACUUGAUUACAAAAUGACUGUCAAGAGACCCUAUCUGUACAAUGGCAGCAUUCCCUUUUGGUCGUCAGGAGGAGAUCUUCUCAUGGCAGAUGAUUUCAUUCGACUGACACCUUCAGUGCCUGGUGCUCGUGGAUGGAUUUGGGCUGAACUACCUAAUACAUACGCCGAGUGGGAAGCAGAGUUGACAUUUCGUGUAUCCGGUAGCCACAUGCACGGUGGACGUGGUUUAGCUUUUUGGUACACCAAGGAAGCAAUGGGUGAUGGUCCCAUCUUUGGAGCACGUGAUAACUGGGAUGGCCUUGGUAUUUGGUUGGAUUCAGCUAAUCCUCGUACACACACUCCCACUACGCUCGCGAUUUUGAAUGAUGGAACGCUUCAGUUUGCCUCAAGACAUAAUCCAGAGAAAUACAUCCUUGGUUCCUGUGAGAUCAACUAUCGCAACACUGGCAACGUACCUGCUCACCUUCGCGUCACAUACAAAGCCAACACUUUGACGGUCAUGUUGGAUCCCAUGGGUGAUGGAAAAGAUUUUCGCACUUGCAUGCAGCAAUCCCUUAGCCUGCCAACUGGUUAUUACUUUGGUGUUUCAGCUGCCUCUCAUAAUCCUGCUGAUGAUCAUGACCUCAUCUCAUUUGAGACUUGGCAACUCAAUCCCCCAGCAAAGACUCAGCAUUCGAAACGUCCCUUGGAAGAGGAAAUGGUUAACAAAGGAGAAGAGUUCAAGGAGUUGGAUGAGGAGCAGAAGAAGAAAAUCGAAGAGACCGAGUUUGCUGUACGUCGGAUGCGAGAGGAAGCUCAAGGUGAUCAAGUACGCACCGAGACUUUGGCUACUAUUGCCACCGUAUUUGAUACACAAAAGCGCAUUCUCGAGGAUUUACAAAUCAUGCAAAUGCAAGUGGAGGCUUUGGGUGCACCUACUCCAGAGAUGUUGAUCAUGGGCAACUAUGAGAAAAAGAGCAAUGCAGCAUCAGGUAGCUCAAACCAGGAGAGUGGCAACGUGAAUGCACAAGAAGCAAUCCAAACAAUCAAAUCGGUUGCUGAAGGUAUGCAAGCUGAGGCACGGUCCAUUGUCACUCAAAUGGCAUCACAAAUCGAGCAACAAUCACGUGAGCAAGAACGCAGAUCCAAGCAAAUUGAGGAGACCAUGGAUCGUCUUGAGAAGGCCAUUUAUGCAAUCAAUAACCACAUGGCAGUCCAACAAAAGCGCAUGAAUGAAAUUGGAAAGGAUUCGGCAGCAACACGCGGCACGCUUUCUACCUUAUUCAAGUACAUCCUUUAUGCAUUUGCAGUCCAAGCUGUCGUUGGUUUGGGUAUUUAUUUGUAUUGGAAGCUUAGAGUAGAGCGUAACGAAAAGAAGUUCUUAUAG